ACAGCGCCGCUCUGAACAAGCGGAUCAACUAAUUUUUUGUCUGUUGUUUAUUUCACAAACAAAAGUUUAAAUUAGUAAUGCUACUAAACUCAGUUCUGAUUGGAGCGUCACACGGUCGCGACGUACUUUCGCACGUGCGGCAAAUAAUUUGAUAAUACUGAUAAAAUAAAAGAUCAACGAACUUAUUAUUCCACAAAAGUGCUCAAAAGAAUGCAUGAUAAGAAAAAAUAAGAAAAUAUUAAGAAGUUAUGAAUGCAAAUAUUUUUAAUAAGUAAAACAAAAACAUUGUCGCGGUCAAACAAAAAAAAAAAUCCCCUCAGUGCACAUUCACGACUUUUUCGUCAGAACUGAACAUAGUCAAAUACAUACAUACAUAUAUAUGAUUAUAUGUAUGUAUAGUUCAUAGGCAUAUAUUUCAUAAUUUAAAAAAACCCAAAUAUAAUAAGGAAAAUAAUUAAAAUGCAGUACAACAAAGUUUAUUGGCUUCUACUUAUCUUCUCAUCAUUGCAUUUGACGUUUGCACAAUAUUAUUCCUGCCUGACACCCUACAAUACGUAUGGUCGUUGUGUGCCUUACAAUAAAUGUGGAUUCCUUCAAAAACUCUUCACGCAGUAUGGUCUGUCACUGCCACAAAACUAUUUAGCGGAUAUACAGAAAUCUCGAUGUCAAGGAAGCACACCUGGGAUACAUAUCUGCUGUGAUGAUACUCUCUCUCUAACCACCGCCCCAAUGCCACCAACGGAUCCUACGCCACCAAUCUUUGGUGGCAGCGAUGAGAAUGAUUCAAAUUAUGUUGGAUCAAUGAAUCAAAAUGGCUUGAAGAUAUUGCGUGCACAAAAAUGUGGCAAUGCUGGUGGUGAACGUGUCUCACAUGGUAAAGAUGUUAAUUUGAGCGAGUUUCCUUGGAUGGCACUCUUGAUUUACAAUAGUGAGGACGAUCGUUUUAAGUGUGGUGGCUCACUUAUAACCGAAAAUUUCGUUUUGACUGCAGCGCAUUGCAUGGUGGGCGUGGCUGAGAAAAUAAUUGGCGUUCGUUUAGGUGAACAUGAUUUGUCCGAGGAAGAAGACUGCAUAACUGUUCAUAACUCGCGGCGUAUUUGUGCGCCGCCUAUCGAAGACAUUGGUGUAGAAAGGACUAUACCUCACCCAGGUUACAACAAUGCGCGCAAAACCAAUGAUGUUGGCUUGGUAAAGCUGAACCGCCCGGUGCAUUUCCAAAAGCAUAUUAAGCCAAUUUGUUUGCCAAUCAUUCCCGAAGCUGGACAAAUACCCACAGACCGACGCUUCUUCAUAGCCGGUUGGGGUGGCACCGAAAAGAGCAAAACUUCGAAUAUAUUGCAAAAAGCGUUGGUGCCAUUUAAAACACGCGAACAAUGCCAAAUGAUCUUUCGGCGAACUCGCAUCAACGAAAAUCAUCUCUGCGCUGGUGGCGACGGACUAAUUGACACAUGCAAAGGCGACUCUGGAGGUCCGCUCUUCUACUUGGCACCGUACAGUGGGCCACAAAAAACUUUACGCUAUGUACAAUAUGGUAUUGUUUCCUUUGGUGGUACUGAAUGUGGCAGUGAUAAAAAUUCGCCUGGUAUCUAUGCCAACGUAGCGCACUUUAUGCCUUGGAUAACCAGCCAUAUUGUUUAAAUUAAUUGACUGUCUUUAUUUGUAAGAUGUUUGUGCAGAAUUUAUUGCUUAAAGAAAUGAUUUUAUACUUGUAUUUAUAGUAUUUAUUGACAAAGUAGAAUAGAUUAAUAAAACCUAUA